UUCUUGGGAUGAACUCAAGGCCACUGUAUUCGUUUGCUACAAAAACAGAGAUUACCACAGCUUUACAGUGUAGAUAGAUGCUGUAUAGUGGCAUGACAGACUGGGAGUUACACUUCGCCCGCGUCUCUACUGGUUUCGCCGAGUUUGCUGGUGUUUUAUCUUCAGCUGUGGAUGUGUGAAUGGUGUACUGAGCCGUGGAGAAAAAAAAAGGCAGCUUCCCCUGGCAGGCAUCAUCCCCCUCAGCACAGUCUGACCGCCCACAGCCCGGGGGGAGAGAGAAAGUGCUGCUUUGUGAAUGAAGGGAGCGGCGGAGGACAGCAAACUAACUUUACCAACAGUAUUUCCGUCGGCGUUUUCACAUUCAGCUGAGGAGCUUUCGACGGUGCAACAAGCGACACCUGGACGACACGGAGCAAGGAAACACAGAGCUCCCCUCGCUGCAAACAUGGUCAGUUUGGCCUGUGUGGCCUGCCUCUGCCUGGUGGUGGUAGUCAGUGGUGACCCCUGCCUCAUCAUCAGUGAGAUCAACGCCGACAACCCCAGACUGGACACCACUGAGUUUGUGGAGCUGUAUCACACCAGCGGACAGCGAGCUGCACUGGAUGGCUACACCCUCGUGUUCUAUAAUGGGAAUGGAAAUAUAGCCUACAAGGUGCUGGACCUGAAAGGCCACAGCACAGAUGAUAGAGGGUUCUUCCUGGUGGGCUCGGUGGACAUGCUGCCCAAACCGUCCAUCCUCCUGCCUCCCAACACAGUCCAGAACGGCCCAGAUGCCAUCGUCCUCUACCACACAUCUGCUGCCCGCUACAGUGAGAAGAUGAACGUUACAGCCCACGGGCUUGUGGACGCUGUUGUGUACAUGACUCGUCGCACUGGGGGCGCGGAGUUCCUCGCUGAGACUCUGACACCAGGAGAACCAGCUUUCGUCGAGGAUGAAACAGCCCUGGAGGGGGACGAGUCAAUUGAGAGGUGCCUGCUGUCAGAAGAUCGUUGGGGCUUUCAGGUGUCCUCGCCUUCACCAGGUCAGAGGAAUAACUGCACCCCGCCUGCGGCUCCGGCAACCAUUCCUGUCAUCACUGAGCUGAAGCUGGGAGGAGGGCAGGUGGACGGGUUUGUGGAGCUCACCGAAGCUCCAGCUGCAGGUCCUCUGGUGCUGGUUGUGUUGGACGGGAGAACGGACAGGGUCAGCGUGAGUGUGGACGUGAACGUGGACGCCUCCAGGAACGGGUUGAUCUCUGUGACCAUAGAGAAGAGCUUUAUGAAAGGAGAUGAGUCUGGGGCGGUGGCUAUUUACAGUGGCAGAGCCUCAGACUUCCCCGUGGGCAGUCCGCUGAGCCAGAUACAGCCUCUCGAUGCAUUUGUGUUCGCUGGACCUGGAAACAAGCCUAGUGCCAACCUCACAGAGACUCUCAUCCCUGGCAGAGAGCCCUACCAACUCAGUAACAGUUUGAGAGAGGGAGGCUUCUACCUGAGUCGCUGUGGCGUGGCCACCUGGGCGAGAGAUCCCGGUGUCUUCUGGGAGGCCCCACAAACUCCGGCACAGCCCAACCAGUGCCCCUGGCCAAAGAUCUGCCCGCACAGUCUUGUGGUUCCAGGAGGAACAGAUUCACCGCCUCACCUCCCACCUUGGGGGAACAGCGACUUCCUGAUCAAUGAGCUGAACACCGACACACCUGGCGCAGCCGAGGACGGCGAGUACAUCGAGCUGUGGCACCCAUCAGGACGCCGGGUCUCCCUGCAGGGCAUCUGGAUACUACUGUUCAGCGCACACAACAACAGACCCUACAGGGAGAUCAGCCUAAGUGGACACUUCACCACUUCUAAGGGCUACUUUCUGCUGGGCAGUGACAGGUUGGUGCCAGCUCCGUCACUCCGCCUGCCCCCCAACACCAUCCAGAACGGACCAGACGCUGUGGCGCUCUAUCGCAGCCCCUUUGGGCCGCCGUCAGCCGCACAGAGGGGGAUCCCCACCAAGGGCCUCCUGGAUGCAGUCGUGUACCGGCAGAGAGGAUCGGAUAAAGAGGCGCAGGAGCUGAGUAAAGCUCUGACCCCGGGUCAGCUGCCUCUGCUGGAGGACCCUGAGGUGUUACCUGGUGAUGAGGCGCUCAGCCGCUGUAGAGGCCUUUACCCCUACGACCUGUCUGCUUUCUCAGUGGCUCCACCCACACCCCUGAGGGAGAACAGCUGCCCCCGCCCCCCUCCAGCCCCUGAAGGUGUGGUCAUCAGUGAGGUGGCUAGCGGCCAUUGGACCAAUCACAGCCAGCAGAGGGGAUUUGUGGAGCUGCACGGCCCCCCCAUGACAGAUCUGCGGGGCCUGGUGCUCUCCGUGUUUGACCAGGAGCGCAGUGGGACCGUAAUCGCUCUUCCUUUGACCGGAUCCAUCGACCAGGACGGAUUUUACAUCGUUGGGAAUGUCACUGGAGCAGAUCAGACUUUCCCCGAGGGCUCCACAGUGCCGGUACGAGGAGCAGUAGUCCUGUGCUACGACCUGUUCAGCGUGUGUCGAGCUGGCACUGCUCUGACAAAUUCCAGCCUCAGAGAUGUUCUUGUGUUCAGUGAAAAGCAGCAGCUGCUCUCUUCUCUGUCCACCACCAGAGGGAGACAAGUGAUCCCAGCUGCCAGGUCAGUGGAAGAUGGUCCCGUUUCGCUCAGCCGGUGUUCAUGCUGCGAAGUGAGGAGCCCCUCCUCCUGGACAACCUCCUCGCCCACACCUCACAGCUCCAACCUCUGCCCGAGCUCUGCCUUCUCAAGUCACAUCGACCUCUGCCUGGGACCCCUGUCCAGUGACUGGCAGGAGCAAUCAGGAGACUGCAGUGGUCUAAUCCAGGGGAAGAGGGUCGCUGAGGUGGCCGACUACCUGGAGCAGAGGUGUCACUGUGGCAUCUCUGCCUUGUAUCUCCAAGGAGCCAAUUUUUCUUGUGGGUCUGGGUGGCUACGAGUGUGGGGCAACAUCCAAGCGCUGUCGGAUCAUCAGAAGGCCCUCAUCAUCCAGACAUCGCACAUGAAUCCUUCAUCCGCUCAGGGAGACGUCUGCUCCACUCCAACCACGGACCGUUACACAAGCACAGCGUCUGCCCUGGGAUUACAGAUAGGGCUGAUAGUAGCGGUGCUCCUGCUGCUGGGACUUGGAGCUGCUCUGUUCACAUAUUUCUACAGGAGGAGGCGCCCUCUGGACUAUUACACCAUGGAGCUGAGUGAACACGCAGAGGGACUGUCAGAUCUAUAAUCCAGGCAUCUGGAAGUGCUCAUGUGCGUGGGACUUCAGAGGAGUGAGAGCGAGAGGCAAGGGGGGGGUAAUCAGAGGUUUAAUUGACCUGUUCAUAACUGAUUGUGCCGUUGUUUUGAAACGAAUGCCACCACAAGUGUCCUUCUGUGUGUCUUUGGAAGAUCACUGACUCGUAGUUGUCUGUUAACAGCGUGGUUGCAUCCAGUGUGUGACAUGUGAUAUUUCAUGGCACCGGUGACACUUAAAUCAGGCAGCCCAUGAAUUUUAAAAAGCAAGAUAACAUAUUUUUCUAGAGGUCGCCGCACAACUUUUACCUGUGAACAGUGCUGGUUACUACUUUUAAAGGAAAAGGGAGGAUUUUGUUUUUAAUACUUGAGUCCUAAAUGGUCAUUUUUGUUGACUUGUUUAUGUUACUGUGGAAAAAGCCUUUUAAAUAAAAAAAAACAAAAAACAACCAUGCUAUGCAGGAAGCUCCAUCGAUCUAAUGACCUUCAUCACAUUUGCAGCUGGUACGGUGUUUUAACAACAGACUUUAUAACCAAGGUAAUGUUCGUUAGGCUCACAUUCAGUCGUCAAAACGAUCGACUUCCUGCUUUGUUUUCCUGCUACAUGCUGUAAAACUCUAGUCUCUCAAAGGGCUUGAUUGUCUUUUAAAUGUGAAUGUCUGUAGCUAACUUGUGAUGAGUGUCUGUAACCACUUUUGUGUGCUUACUCAAAGCAAACUGUUUACAUUUUCUCAAUCAAAAAUUAGAUAAAGGGAUGAGAGAGUAAUUCCUUGAAUGAAGAGUAUUUGUCUUUAGUAAUGAGAGUUUGCUUAAGAAAAUCAGAACUAUCUUACAUUUCACUUGUGUUAUCUUUGUUUGUUUGUUUGUUUUUGUUUUUAGUGGCUCAGAAUCCUCUGUGCCUUUUUACUUGUAUGUUAUUUGAUCAGCUGGUUCCUCGUUUAUUAGAGGGAAAGUACAGCCAUCUCUGCUGCAGCUAUAAGUGUAAAUACUAUGGAUAUGUUGUUAGUUAUUCUCGGGGUGGUUCGGAGGCAGUUAUUGCCAAUCUGAAGUAAUAACUUAUUAUGGAAAUGAAGAAACUACUGUAGAUGGGUUCAGAGCAAAAAGUGAAAUCUUCUGAUUGGUUAAAGGGGCAGUGUGUAGGAUUUAGCAGCAUCUAGUGGUGAGGACUGCAGAUUGCAACCAGCUGAAACUUUUCCCAUGUGCCAAGCGUGAAAACCCCAUUAGAAUUCCUUCGGUGUUCACUGUUAAGGAGGUUUUUACUGGGAGCCGAAUUAUCCGAAGGGGUCUCUUCCUCUCCAAAACAGACCGGGUGAUUAAAACCGGUAAAACCAUUGAAUAAAGCAGUUUCAUGUGACAGUAUUACAGAAUUUAUAUCAUUAUCAAUCAGAAUGACCCUUAAAUAUUUUUGGUUUAAGAAACAUUUUAUUACUAUGAUUGAAACUUAAACCCAUUUUGUUAAUGGAGGUUUGUGUGACAGUAACUAAAAUAAAAGAGAGACUCUCCAUUUUUUUUAAUACCCUAUACAAGCAAAUGUACAUGGUUUGAUAACCAUCAACUUUUAUGUCACGGUAUACAUUAAAACUGGUAUAUUGCUGCAACCCUAGUUACAAAUUCAGUGUUUCUUCAACGCUGUUCCACUUGUCGCAGAGGAGCUGCUAGCCAAGCACCUGCUAAUGUGUGCUCACCUUAUUUCUCAGAAUACUUAAGAUCCAAAUGUUUGGAAGGUUUUUACCAGGAGCCGAAUUAUCCGCAUAGAUCUCUUCCUCGCCAAAACAAAGGGACCCUGGUAAUUUAAACCGGUUAAAUUGCUGAAUAAAGCAGUUUGACCGUGUUUUUUGAUGCUUGCUUCGCAGAGGGGCUGCUAACUACAGUCGCCAAUGCAUAAUUGUUUGGUCCAUUCUGAGGUACUUUAGAAGCAUGGCGGACCCGCUCCCUGUGUAGAUGUAAAUGGAUCACUACAAUACCAACUAUAUUAUAUUUGAUUGCUGGCAAUAUAUCCCGCUAAAUCCUACACCCUGGACCUUUAAAUUAGUUUGAUUCCACUUUUUGAACAGAUUCAAACAAUCUUAAAAAAGUUGAAUUUGAAAAAAAACAGAAAUUGCCAAUACAAAGUGCCAUGAAAUAAACGUAUAAGCCUGGAUAUGCUCCGUUUUUAAUAUAGUUAAUGUUCCGCUUACCUUGUCAUGUUGCCUUACUCAUUUGCUGUGGUGCACAGAAUCUCAAUUUGUUUGCUUUAAUCGCCACAGUCAGCACUGUUUUCUUCAGAUCUUACUUCUCAGUGUUGACGUUUAUUAAUACACCUCUGUCAAGCUACACUGCUGCUUUCAUAUAAGUUCAGCUAUUGUGCAAAAAAGAAAAGAAAAACUGGAUGUAAAACAAGCAAAAAGCCCUUUUUUGCAUUUAGCGAGCAGAUAAUUGAAUGAUUUCCCCCCUUGAAAUUGUGUUUUGUGUAAUGUUCAUAAUUGUAAACUUCUAUAUUUUUAGGUUUUGUGUAAAAUGGUACAUGUAGAAAGUUUUAAAUGUAAAGAAGAAGGGAAUAGCGCCUCAAGAUUACACCACAAAUAUUGUGUUGACAUGCAAUUGUGCUGAUAUGUAAUGUAACACUUCUGCUCAUACACUUGUUUUACAUGAGAGUCAUGUUCAUUCCUAUAUGUACUGUAUUUAUAUAUACUGUGUAGGGCACUGACAACAAGUGGAAAAGAAUUAGAUGAAGAGAUGUUCAAAUCUAACACAACUGCAAGGGAAGCCAGAAACCUAUAAAUGUUUGUCUGUGUACACGCAGCGAAGAACUUACACACUGAAGGAGAUGUCACACAAAACUUUGGAAAGAAAACUUUGCAUCAUCUGCAUCUCCAGGUCACAUGUCAAAAGCUUUUUAUCCAGUGUUUGCCUCACAGUUUAUUUCCCCCUGUGUUCCUUCAAAUGUCAUACUGUACACAUGUAGCAGGUUUGAAAUAAAAUACUUCUGCAGAUGUGCAAUUUGUGCAGCAU